AUGUCGGCUCCCCAGAUUCCCAACCUCUUGUCCCUCCGCGGCAGAGGUGGUGGUCUCCGGGGCCGUGGCGCCGGGGGCAGGUCGCGGGGUGGUGGUUUCGUGAGCCCCGCCACAAGUCAUAGUCACGAUGCAACCAUCCAAGGGACAGACACGGACGCCUCCGUCUCGCGGCUGAGCGCCGUGGAGCUCGGCUACCUUCAGGAUCCCUUUGCACAGUACUUUGUGCAGCAGAGUGGUCCGCCGGUAAGGAGGCUACCCAUCAUCAAUCGAGGAACUUAUACUCGGACCACAGCCCUGGACAAGUUGGUUUCUUCCUUUCUAGCCAGAGACGGCAGCACGGGCACUGGAUCAAAGAAACAAAUCAUCUCCCUGGGCGCAGGUACCGAUACGCGGCCCUUUCGGCUCUUUUCGCAACCGCACGGGGCCGGUGUGCAGGAUGUCAUCUAUCACGAGGUUGACUUUCCAGCUAUAACAGCCAAGAAGCGGACAACAGUCCAGGCGGUGCCCGCACUGCGUAGCAUCAUCCCGCCCUCGGGCAACGACGAUAGCAGCUGGCGUAACGAGGCCCUACCUAAUGGCUGCUCCUACUACUGCCACGGUCUCGACCUCCGGGAUAUCGCCCGGUCAGAAACAGCACCACCAUCAUUGACUCCGGAACAAGGGCAGCAGAAGCCACCUGUCUUGAAGCUCGGCGGCAUAGAGACCAAUGUUCCCACCCUUGUCAUCUCCGAGUGCUGCCUCUGCUACCUGGAAACAUUGCAAGCACGCGCCGUCAUCUCCCACUUUACCUCGCUUGUGCCCAACCUGGCCGUGGUUCUCUACGAGCCGGUGCGCCCGUCGGAUCCCUUUGGGCAGCAAAUGGUAUCAAACCUGGCGGCGCGCCGAAUUCGUAUGCCGACACUCGAGGUGUACCGCGAGAUUGCGGACCAAAAGGCGCGGCUGCGGCAGGCGGGGUUUGUGGACGGGGCCGAGGCACUUACUGUGCAGGACAUCUGGACUAGCUGGAUCUCCUCCAAAGAUAAGGAGGCCGUCGAUAACCUCGAAGGCCUGGACGAGGUUGAGGAGUGGGAGUUGCUUGCUAGUCACUACGUGGUCGCCUGGGGCUGGAGGGGAAGGGGGUUCGAGGGUUGGAGAAGAGCAUGA